AUGAGGUCCAUAUCCAUUGUCAUGCGUGAAAAUGCUGAAGCGAGGAAGAAGUUUGCUUCCGUGGAUGCUUUAUCAGAGUUAGUGUGGUCUCCUCGUAACGGUCUUAGAAUGCUGAUUUUUAGUUUCACGGGUAAAAAAGCGAAACUACCCUCUCCUAGCGUCUUUGAUGAUAUAGCACUAACCAACAACAACAACAUGGAGUCUCAUUCCAAAAGCAAUAGUAUCCAACACCAAGAAGAAGAAGCUGGUUACUGUGUAGAUAGAACUGAUGACCAAGUCAACCAAGCGUGUAGCGAAAAGAACAGACCAUUGCCAGGGAUUGGUGGUUCUGUUGAGAAUACCAAACCUGAAAGAGAAGAGAUGGGUGAGGAUAAGGUUGAAACCAAUGAUGAUUCUGAAGAAGCAGAGACAAGAGUAGGAGCUUCCAAAAGAUCUUUAGAUAGUCCAAGAGGAGAAACGGAAGCUUUGUUGGCAAAUGAAGAGUUGAGAUUGGAAAGAGCUGGAUCUCAAGAGGAACCAACUAACCUUGGGGACAAUAGAGCUGACCGUGUAGAAGCAACGGAUGAGAACGACCUCCCAAGUCCUGCUAGUAAGGCAUGUGAGCGUCUUGCCAAAGCAAAAGGGAAAGAAAAAGCUUUAUACGAUGGAAACUUUAAUGAUGAUGAGAGUUUUGGGAGUGUAGAAAGUUGCAACAGUGCUGGUUUGGUCUCAAGGGGAAGAAAGAAAAGAGCAGGGUUCGAGGAGCAGGGGCUGAUCCUCGGAAGCAAACGCCUCAAAACUCUUAGCCAAGAAUGUUUGGAGUCAACUUCGAAGCUCAAGCACGAUAGUUCCUUUAUGAAUUGGAUAUCAAACAUGACUAAAGGAAUCUGGAAAGGUAAUGAAGAAGACAAUUCUCCUCUUGUACCUCUUACCACCACCACAUCAGAUGCUAAUGGUCAAGUCAAUGCCAUCGUUGAUCAGCCAGAAAUGAGCGGAUGCAGAAACACCGGUUUCCAGUCUUUUUUCCAGUCUAUAUAUUGUCAGAAGAAAAGUGACCAAGACGCUGUCGAGGUGGGCAAUGCUAAUGUAGCUUCUUUACAGGAACUUCCUGAACGAUGCCUCAUCACUAGAGGAGAUCACGUGUCUUCAUCUGGCAAUGGGGUUGCUCCAGUGUCCGAACCCGACAUUUCAUCUGGAAAAGUUGGAAUUAACCAGACAAGUGAAACGUUCUCUUCAGAGAAGAAACAGGACGACAAAGAGACAAACAUCUCUUUGUUGCCUCUUAGUAAGUCCAAGCAGAGUGAAAAGCAAAAGACCUGCUGUGAAGGAGAUGAAAAAGAUGUUCAAUGUUUAACCAACAAGAACUCUGGUCUCCAGAGUUUGUGGAUAAGCCGGUUUUCUUCUAAAAGUUCUCUCCCUCAGAAACAAGAUCUCCGUGAGAGAAUCAUCACUAAGGAGGCCAAUGAUUCAUCCUCAGAUGCGGUUAAAAUCGGUGAUCCACCGCAGAACAACGCUAUUCUUCCCAUAGUAUCUUCACUGAGAGUAGAGUCUUCGGAAGCAAUGGCUUCUUUGUUUGCAAGAAGAUUAGAAGCAAUGAAACACAUGCUGCCUACAUGUUCUUUAGCUGAGAACACAGAGGGAAGAGAUGGGAUUCUAAUCUGUUUCUACUGCGGUAAAAAGGGUCAUUGGUUACAGGAAUGUUUGGAAGUAACUGACACUGAGCUCAGAGAUCUAGUCCGGAACAUAAGUGCUCGGAACGGAAGAGAAGAAGCUUCAACUCUAUGCAUUAGAUGUUUUCAGCUAAGUCACUGGGCUGCAACAUGCCCAAAUGCUCCACCGUACAGUUCAGCACCUGAAGAUAGAUCGGUGAAGCACUAUUUAGCUUCUACCUCCGGGCCGAAACUGCCUUUCAGAGGUUUCACAGACGUGCCAAAGGCGGUCUUUGAAGCUGUUCAAGUGCUUCGGCUAACCCGCACAGACGUUCUCAAAUGGAUAAACAGUAAGAAGUCUGUAUCGGGUCUUGAAGGGUUCUUCUUGCGGCUAAGGCUCGGGAAAUGGGCAGAAGGGCUUGGGGGAACCGGGUAUCACGUAGCCCGUAUAGAAGGUGCUACAGAGGGACAAAGCUCAAAGGAACAUCCAGUGAACAGCUCAGUCUCGGUCAAAGUUGGAGGGAUGACUUGCUUUGUUGAAUCUCAGUUUAUCUCAAACCACGACUUUGUUGAGGAGGAGUUGCUGGCAUGGUGGCGGAGCGCUGCAAAACGUGCCGGAAAAAGUGGAGUUGACGAUACCCUGAUGGCAGAGGAACUUAGUCGGAAAAUUCAGCAGAGAAAGAUGUUAGGCUUUUAGAUAUUUGUUAAACAGAUAAUACAGUACUUGUUUUGGGGAAAACCUGUGUAUUUAUUUAUUUAAAUAGGUUUUACAUCUA